UGAGUUUACCAUGGGUUCAUACAGAGUUCAUCGUUCGAUGAAUGCAGUGUAAGCUAUUCGAAAUUCUUCUUCUCAACACCCUCCCUCAACACCCUCUGCGUUCUUUUGAGACGGAGCUGAGGGUACACCUCAAAUGCAUCGUCGUAAACUAUUUCGCUAUCCACACAGCCAUGUUGGUGCUCUUGAAAAACAUCGUGACAUUAAAAGAAAAUGUGUUUGCACACCGUUAAAAGGACCUUUUCAACUGUGCGCAUUUUGUUUAACAACAUUUGAACUCUAUAUCAGGGAGGUUAAAAGUUAUUUAUUUAUUUUUGACAAGCGCACAAACGUCAAGGAUGACGCCAUAUGUUUAUUGUAACAGAUAAUAACGAACAUUUUAGACUUGGAUUAAUGGUCAAAGAUCCUUGACAACUUUUGAUGGGUACUGUUGGGUACUGAUGGGUACUGUUGGGGGGUUCACAGUGACGUGAACAACUGUUGAAUCUCUGAGGAAAACUAUUUUAUUUUCUCUCUGUCUCUAUGCUCUCCAUGAUUAAACAUAUCAAUUUUUUUCUCUCUGCUCUCCAUGAGGAAAACUCUCAGAUUUUUCUCUCUGGCUCUAUCCUCACAGCCUCCAACUCUAUUUCACCAGUUUCUAUCCUGAACCAUUUUUUAUUUUCAACGAUAAACCUAAAGAGACAGAUGAUGAGCAGUGUAUAAUUUGUUCCAUAAUAAAACGAUGCGUCGCGUCCCUAACACCUGUUGAACGGUGAUUAUCCUACGUAAUGGCUUUCCGGAGCGGUUGCUCUUGUGGCUUCGGUCCCUUCAACGAGGAUAACGCCAGGUUCCUUAUGUUAGCUGUGUUCAUAAUCCUCUACCUCCUCUGCGGUGCCGCUGUCUUUUCAGCACUGGAACAGCCGAUGGAAGCGGAGGCGAAGGAGCGCUGGGGGCAGCGGUUUGAACAGUUCAGCCAAAAGCAUAACCUUAGCAACAAAGAGCUGGACAACUUCUUGAGGAACUACGAGGAGGCGAACGUGGCUGGGAUCCGCGUGGACACCAUCAGACCUCGGUGGGACUUUACCGGUGCGUUCUACUUCGUGGGGACCGUGGUCUCGACCAUAGGGUUUGGGAUGACCACGCCAGCGACGAUCGGUGGAAAGAUCUUCCUCAUCUUCUACGGACUCAUCGGCUGUGCCGCCACCAUCUUGUUCUUCAACCUCUUCCUGGAGCGUGUCAUCACCGUCAUCGCCUUCGUCCUCAAGUUCUGCCAUGAGCGCCGCCGCCGCAAGGCCAUGCUUCCCCAAAAUGGUUGCCGACGCCUCUCUGAGGGCAGCGGUGGGGGCGGGAGAGGUGGCAGGGGGGAGGGGCUAGCUGGGUGGAAGCCUUCAGUAUACUGUGUUAUGCUGAUCCUUGGCGCCGCUGCCAUCUUGGUUUCCUGCUGCGCCUCAGCAAUGUACUCUACUGUAGAAGGCUGGGGGUAUCUAGACUCUCUGUACUUUUGCUUUGUGGCGUUCAGCACCAUCGGGUUCGGUGACGUGGUGAGCAGCCAAAGGUUGGCGUACGAGGAGGGGAACGUGAACCAGACGGCAUACCGGCUGGGCAACUUCCUGUUUAUACUGACAGGCGUCUGCUGUAUUUACUCACUGUUCAACGUCAUCUCCAUCGUCAUCAAACAGGUGCUGAACUGGCUGUUGAGGAGGAUGGAGGCACCAUGUCACUGCCCGAGGAGGGGGGGCCACCACCCCGAGCAGAGACUCCCCCGCAGGAACGUGGUGGUGCCCGGACAUCUGAGGGCGCAACGGGACCUGUCCAUCGAGACAGACGCGGUGAAUGAGAGCGAGGUGGACGGGCGGAGGAUGUCUGGAGAGAUGAUCUCCAUGAGAGAUUUCCUGGCUGCCAAUAAGGUGAACCUGGCCAUCAUGCAGAAGCAGCUGUCAGAGAUGGCUAACGGUCACCCUCGCCAAUCAGGAUCCAACUCCCGCCACGGCCACAACGGCUUCUCUGGAGGAGUGGGUGCCCUGGGCAUCAUGAACAACCGCCUGGCAGAGACGAGCGUGGAUAGGUAGACCUGGAAAACCACCAUAGUGAACAUAUAGGCCAGACUGAUUAACUGGCCAGAGAGACAGUCACCAGAAAUUGGCUGGCCAGAGAGAGACCGUCCUCGGAAAAUACAUUAAUCAAUGGAACUCAGUUGAAUGAAUAGAGAAAUAAAACAAUAUUCCAUGAAAAUAAUUGACCUCAUGGACUACAGCCUGAUCAGAUAUCAUUAAGUCAGAAUAUAUAUCACAUAUUUGGCAUGGGACUUAUAUAUCAAAUCAAAUUUAUAUAUCAAAUCAAAUUUUAUUGGUCACAUGGUUUGCAUAUGUUAUUGCGAGUGCUUUUGCUUCUAGUUCCGACAUUGUAGCAAUAUCUAAAAAUUCGACAACAACGACCUAAUACACAUAAAUCUAAGUAAAGGAAUGGAAUAAGAAUAUAGACAUAUAAAUAUAUGGAUGAGCAAUGACCGAGCAGCAUAGCGGUGUAAGGCACUGAAGAGCUGAGAGAGUGAAUGAAAGACGAGGGCAUUGUUUUAUAACUAGAGAUCCAGGAGAAUAAUUGACCUGAAGUACUACCUAUAUGGAGACGAAGUCCCAUUAGAUACACAACAUGGCCAAACAUAUGUGAACACCCUUUCAAGUUAGUGGAUUUGGCCAUUUCAGCCACACCAGUUGCUGACAGGUAUAUAAAAUCAAGCACACAGCCAUGCAAUCUCCAUAGACAAACAUUGGCAGUAUACCGGCCUUACUGAAGAGCUCAGUGACAUUCAAUGGGGAACCGCCAUAGGAUUCCACCUUUCCUACAAGUCAGUUCGUCAAAUGUCUGCCCUGCUAGAGCUGCCCCGGUCAACUGUAAGUGCUGUUAUUUUCGAAGUGGAAACAUCUAGGAGCAACAACGGCUCAGCCGCGACGAGGUAGACCACACAAGCUCACAGAACAAGACCGCAGAGUGCUGAAAAAUCAUCUGUCCUCGGUCGCAACACUCACUACCGAGUUCCAAACUGCCUCUGGAAGCAACAUCAGCACAAGAACUGUCCGUCGGGAGCUUAAUGAAAUGGCAGAGCAGCUGAGCAGCCGCGCAUAAACCUAAUCACAAUGCGCAAUGCCAAGCAUUCACUGGAGUGGUGUAAAGCUCACCCCCAUUGGACUCUGGAGCAGUGGAAACAUGUUCUCUGGAGUGAUGAAUCCCGCUUCACCAUCUGGCAGUCCGACAGACGUAUCUGGGAUUGGCGGAUGCCAGGAGAACGCUACCUGCAUGAAUGCAUAGUCUCAACUGUAAAGUUUGGUGGAGAAGGAAUAAUGGUCUGGGGCUGUUUUUCAUAGUUCGGGCUAGGCCCCCUAGUGCCAGUGAAGGGAAAUAUUAACGCUACAGCUUACAAUACCAUUCAACACGAUUCUGUGCUUCCAACUGUGGCAACAGUUUGCGGAAGGCCCUUUCCUGUUUCAGCAUGACAAUGCCCCCGUGCACAAAGCAAGGUCCAUACAGAAAUGGUUUGUCUAGAACUUGACUGGCCUGCACAGAGCCUUGACCUCAACCCCAUUGAACACCUUUGGGAUGAAUUGGAACACCGACUGCGAGCCAGGCCUAAUCGCCCAACAUCAGUGCUCGACCUCACUAAUGCUCUUGUGGCUGAAUGGAAGCAAGUCCCCGCAGAAAUGUUCCAACAUCUAGUGGAAAGCCUUCCCAGAAGAAUGGAGGCUGUUAUUGCAGCAAAUAGAGGACCAACUCCAUAUUAAUGCACAUGAUUUUGGAAUGAAAUGUUCGACUAACAGGUGACCACAUAUUUUUGGCCAUGUAGUGUACCUCUGUCAGCCACUCCACUCCGCUCCGUCUCAAAGAUUUAAAGACAUGAAUGACGCAUGCUCGGUCAUCAGCUGGGGUGUUAGUGUGUGUGUGACACAUUCACCCACAUCUGGAUCAGGACCAACUGUAGCUAGUGCUGAAAUCUAUUGGUUAUGGUUACUGAGGCAGUUUCCAUGGUAACACCACAGAAUACAGAAAGCUACCCAAAGACAUUGUGGCUGAGGUGUUUUUAAAGACCUUGUGGCUGAGGGGGUUUUAAAGACCUUCUGGCUGAGGAGUUUUAAAGACCUUGUGGCUGAGGGGGUUUUAAAGACCUUGUGGCUGAGGAGUUUUUAAAGACCUUGUGGCUGAGGAGUUUUUAAAGACCUUAUGUCUGAGGAGUUUUUAAAGACCUUGUGGCUGAGGAGUUUUUAAAGACCUUGUGGCUGAGGAGUUUUAAAGACCUUGUGGCUGAGGAGUUUUAAAGACCUUGUGGCUGAGGAGUUUUAAAGACCUUGUGGCUGAGGAGUUUUUAAAGACCUUGUGGCUGAGGAAUUUUCAACGACCUUGUGGCUGAGGAAUUUUCAACGACCUUGUGGCUGAGGAGUUUUUAAAGACCUUGUGGCUGAGGAGUUUUUAAAGACCUUGUGGCUGAGGGGGUUUUAAAGACCUUGUGGCUGAGGAAUUUUAAAGACCUUGUGGCUGAGGAGUUUUUAAAGACCUUGUGGCUGAGGAAUUUUUAAAGACCUUGUGGCUGAGGAGUUUUUAAAGACCUUGUGGCUGAGGAGUUUUUAAAGACCUUGUAGCUGAGGGGGUUUAAGACCUUGUAGCUGAGGGGGUUUUAAAUACCUUAUAGCUAGGGGGUUUUAAAGACCUUGUAGCUGAGGGGAUUUUAAAGACCUUGUAGCUGAGGGGGGUUUAAAGACCUUGUGGCUGAGGGGGUUUAAAGACCUUGUAGCUGAGGGGGUUUAAAGACCUUGUAGCUGAGGGGGUUUAAAGACCUUGUAGCUGAGGGGUUUAAAGACCUUGUAGCUGAGGGGUUUAAAGACCUUGUAGCUGAGGGGAAUUUAAGACCUUGUAGCUGAGGGGUUUUAAGACCUUGUAGCUGAGGGGGUUUAAGACCUUGUAGCUGAGGGGGUUUUAAAGACCUUAUAGCUAGGAGGUUUUAAAGACCUUGUAGCUGAGGGUUUUUUAAAGACCUUGCAACUGAGGGGGUUUUAAAAACCUUGUGGCUGAGGGGGUUUAAAGACCUUGUAGCUGAGGGGGUUUAAAGACCUUGUAGCUGAGGGGGUUUUAAGACCUUGUAGCUGAGGGGGUUUAAAGACCUUGUAGCUGAGGGGGGUUUAAGACCUUGUAGCUGAGGGGGGUUUAAAGACCUUGUAGCUGAGGGGGUUUAAAGACCUUGUAGCUGAGGGGGUUUAAGACCUUGUAGUUAAGGGGGUUUAAGAACUUGUAGCUGAGGGUGUUUAAAGACCUCGUAACUGAGGGGGUUUUAAGACCUUGUAGCUGAGGGGGUUUGUCGUGGAAAAUUGCAAGAUUGUGUUAUAAUGCCUGUAUUGCAUUAUAAUGGUUGUUUUAUUCGACAGAAUAGAUUAUUCUGUUAACUAUUGUGUGGGUGUUCCACUGAGGAUGGGCCUCUAUGAGAUAACACUGACAGAGGAGAUGUAUGAUCUAUUUGGGUGAUAAAACCUAAAGAGCAUCCCAGAUAACAUGAGGUAAUGUUUCUGUGCUAUGAAGUACCAGGAAUGAGAUUAGAACCUCAUCUUAGGGACCAAACUGAACGGUAAUUUAUAGCGAAUGCUAUCUGGCUAAGGGAUACUCCUUUCUCAUUAUAAAGUCUUCCUUUGUGACCAUUCUAUGUAUCUGUGGUUCGUCAUGUAGGUUGAGAGCAUUGUAUCUUGGCUAAUAAAAGAUCUUUGUACUUUUCUGUUGUCACUUCAAUGUUUCAUUAGAGAUAGCGCAUCAUUGAAAGUCAAAUGCUAUUGCAAAGCUCUUAUUAUUAAAAAUGUAGUUUAAGUAUAA